CUUACCAAGGCCGCGAGUGUAAGGCCUGGUGGGCAGGUCCAGGGACCUUACUCUUUCUGCCUGGCACGGUGGACAGAGGACCCAACAGGUCCUGGGACCGCGGUCCUAGGACCGGCCUGGGCAAGGGACCGACAACCGCUGGCCAUGCUGGCCUCAGGACCGCCGAGGCGUUGGGACCAUCUACCCUCGACCUUUGGUGACUCAGGACUACUGUCAAGAUACCACAAUGAUUACAAAUUGGCCAGCAAUAUUACACGACGCUUUGUCCUUCUCCCUAUCCCCGUGUCAGUCUCGAGCGUCUGUGAGACGGAUUCCAUCAUUUCUUCGUUGAUAAUCAGUUUACCCUCGAGAGCUAUGAAGACAGUGCUGGUUCCAUCCUCUAUCGCCGCUCGAAAGCACUGCGCUGGAGUGAUCUUUCGUAGUUUCUUAUCGUAG